AGGCAGAAUGAAGCUUCAUGCUCUUUAAGUCAGACUGUUGGAUUAACAUGAGGUGGUCUUGGCACAGUAGACUUCUCACUGCAGCUUUCAUUUGUAUAACAUUAGCUGAAGCAAUGACUGUCAAAACAACAGAAGGAGAAAAACUACAAAUUGUCUGUGAAUACGACUACGGGUAUAAGUUAUACAAUAAAUACUUCUGCCGAUACCCGUGUAAAAGUAAUGACGUCCUUGUCCAGUCCAGUCAACCUGAAACCCUGGUGACCAGAGGCAGAUUCCAUCUGUUUGAUUACUCCUCAGACUGCAAGAUCAGAGUGACUGUGGACAACGCUCGACUCACAGAUACUGGCAUAUAUUACUGUGGCAUUGAAAGAUCUUUCUGGUGGGACAGAUUCACUGAAGUACUCAUUAAUGUUGAAAAAGGGCCUUUCUCCACGGUGACUCCAGUAUGGACGACACAGCAACACAGCAGAGUAACAGCAGAGUCCACCAGAUCAUCUGUUUGGGCAGAAAGUUUGCCUCCUUCUUCUGCUUAUUCACAAAGUCCUGACCCUGAAACAACUCAGAAGCCAACAAGGGCAGAGACCACAGAAGUAUGGGUCCCGCUCUGCAUUGCGUCGGCGGCAGUGGUGUUUUUCUUCCUAUUGACUGUUCUGAUACUCGGCCAAAUCAAGAAGAAUAGGAAGGCCACGGAAAUCCAUCAGAGGAGCCAGAGAAACCCACUUAAUACUGUGACGUACAUUCAAGAUCCUUCUCCACUUUAUGAAGAAAUUCUGGACUCUGCAUCUGUGAAUAACAAUGACAUUGUGUAUUCUUUUGUGGUUUUCCACUAG